UGUAGUACGUCCGAAUCUCAUUCAUACUACCAGGAUUCAUACUAUACAGUACCUACUGUUUUAACGCCAAGUAAGUAGUUACUUCAUCUAAUUCAGUACCUACUAUACAGUAUACGGUUUCGGACGCAGCCACUAGAAAGCGCUCACAUGUGGUGUCGAGGUUUGAGUAUCCUCAGUGUUUGUCUCUCUUGAGUUUUUAGUUUUUUAAUGUAAGCAGAGUCUUAUCUCUGUGCAUUUAAGUGAGGAGAUGGACGCGCUGACGUCAAGAGAAGAUAAAGAAGGGAAGAGAGAGGAUGUGGUUUGUUGUGAGUCUUCAGUGUAUGUGACUGAUGGGAUCUCCGAAUGUCUGGAUCAAAGCUCACCACAGUUACUGCUGGACAAACUCUCUGAAGAGAAAUCCAGACACACACAGGACUCAAAGUUCAAUCUCACUUUACUCUGUUAUACUAAGUCAAAGCCCAGAGACGCUCAGGACACUGCAGUGUGUGACAGUAUUCAGGGUUUAAAGGAUGAUGAAUCUACUGAUCAAACCUCCACAGAGUCUCUGAAUUCUGCCUGUAACGCUGGAGAACAGCAGCAGAUCCUGCAGACCACACUGAAGAUGUGUUCAGUCAAACUGGUGGACUGCAGGAACCUGAUAAUGAAGAUAAGAAGAGAAACCACAGCUGAAGAGCAUCACUCUGAUGAAGAUGAGGAUUUCAUUCCGUCAGAUGAGAAGAGUGAUUCAUGUUCUGAUGAAGGAAGGUCCUCAACAUCAAAAGAGCGACUGACAGCACAAACUCAAAAGAAGAAACUUCAUUCAGAAAAGCACAGAGAGAAGAAGAAAAAGAAGCAGCAGUUUCACUGUGAGCAUUGUGGGAAAAAUUUUGUCUACUUAUCUAAACUUAAAGCCCACAUGACGACACACAGUGAUGAAAAGCCUUUCUACUGCACUGAAUGUGGCAAUUACUUCAGGACCAAAUAUAAUCUUGAUGCUCAUAAGAGAAUUCACACAGGAGAAAAAGCGUACAAGUGUCCUCACUGUGAGAAGAGAUUUAGCAAAAAAUCCUGUCUGAAGAUACACAUGCGUUUACACACCAAUGAGAGACCGUAUAAGUGCAGUGAAUGUAAUAAAGCCUUUAGGUAUUCAGGUUCAUUAAAAUUACACCAGAAUAUUCACUCUAAAGAGAAACUAUAUCAGUGUUCAAACUGUGAUAAAGGUUUUGGUGAUAAACGUCAUCUGAAAGUCCAUGAGAGAAUUCACACUGGAGAAAAACCUUAUCACUGUAGUGUUUGUGAGGAGAGUUUUAAUCAACAAGGCCAUUUAGUGACACACCAGAGAACUCAUACAGGUGAAAAACCUUACAAAUGCUCUCAGUGUAAGAAGACGUUUGCUGAUUCCCAUUUCUUAAAAGCCCAUCAGAGAGUUCAUAAAGGAGAGAAACCUUACGUCUGCUCUCAAUGUGGAAAGUGCUUUUCUUUUUCAACAUCUUUUAAACUUCAUCAGAGAGUUCACACCGGUGAGAAACCUUAUCACUGUAGUGUUUGUAAGAAGAGUUUUGGUCAACAAGGCAAUUUAGUGUCACACCAGAGAACUCAUACAGGUGAAAAACCUUACGAAUGCUCUCAGUGUGAAAAGACGUUUGCUCAUUCACAUUCCUUAAAAACCCAUCAGAGAGUUCAUACUGGAGAGAAACCUUACGUCUGCUCUCAAUGUGGAAAGUGCUUUCGUGAUUCAACUGCUUUAAAACAUCAUCAGAGAGUUCACACUGGAGAGAAACCUUAUCACUGUAGUGUUUGUGGUAAGAAUUUUAAUCGACAUGAUGGUUUAGUGUCACACCAAAGGCUUCAUACAGGUGAAAAACCUUACAAAUGCUCUCAUUGUGACAAGACGUUUAGUCAGUCAAGUCACUUAAAAAUCCAUGAGAGAGUUCAUACUGGAGAGAAACCUUACGUCUGCUCUCAAUGUGGAUUAAGCUUCAAUAAUAGAUCUCAAUUCAGUGUUCAUCAAAGAGUUCAUACUGGAGAAAAACCUUAUCACUGUAAUGUUUGUGGAAAGAGUUUUAUUCGAAAUGAUGGUUUAUUGAAUCACCAGAGAACUCAUACAGGUGAAAAACCUUUCAAAUGCUCUCAUUGUGGCAAGACGUUUACUCAGGCAGGUCACUUAAAGAUCCAUGAGAGAGUUCACAGUGGGGAGAAACCUUACCGGUGCUCUUACUGUGAAAAGAGCUUUACUGAUUCAUCUCACGUCAAGGUUCACGAGAGAGUUCACACUGGACAGAAACCUUACCAGUGCUCUCACUGUGAAAAGUGCUUCACUGUUUCAUCUCAGGUCAAGGUUCACGAGAGAGUUCACACUGGAGAGAAACCUUACCAGUGCUCUCACUGUGAAAAGAGCUUCACUAAAUCAUCUAAUCUCAGACGCCAUGAAAAAAUUCACACUGGUGAGAAACCUUAUCACUGUAGUGUUUGUGGGAAAAGUUUUAAUAAACGUAUCAACUUAGUGUUACAUCAGAGAACUCAUACAGGUGAAAAACCUUACAAAUGUCCUCAUUGUGAUAAGACAUUUACUCAGUCAAGUAACUUAAAAGCCCAUCAGAGAGUUCAUACUGGAGAGAAACCAUAUCACUGUAGUGUUUGUGGGAAGAGUUUUAAUAAACGUUUUAACCUAGUGUUACACCAAAGAAUUCAUACAGGUGAAAGACUUUAUAAAUGCUCUCAGUGUGAGAAGACGUUUGCUCGACAAGAUGGCCUGAGAACCCAUCAGAGAGUUCAUACAGGAGAAAAACCUUACGUCUGCUCUCACUGUGGAAAAAGCUUCUCUGAUCGAUCUCAUUUCAGAGUUCAUCAGAGAGUUCACACAGGAGUAAAACCUUAUCACUGUAAUGUUUGUGGGAAGAGUUUCAGUCGAAAUGACAUUUUAGUGAAACACCAGACAAUUCAUACAGGUGAAAGACUUUAUAAAUGCUCUCAGUGUGAUAAGACGUUUGCUCGACAAGAUGGCCUGAGAACCCAUCAGAGAGUACAUACGGGAGAGAAACCUUAUCACUGUAGUGUUUGUGGGAAGAGGUUUAAUCAAAAUGGCCAUUUAGUGACACACCAGAGAACUCAUACAGGUGAUAAACCUUACAAAUGCUCUCAGUGUGAGAAGACUUUUGCUGAGUCAAGAUCCUUAAAAAUCCAUCAGAGAGUUCAUACAGGAGAGAAACCUUACGUCUGCUCUCAAUGUGGAAAGAGCUUCUCUACUCGAUCUUAUUUAAGUGUUCAUCAGAGAGUUCACACCGGUGAGAAACCUUAUCUCUGUAGUGUUUGUGGAAAGAGUUUUAGGCAAUGGGCUAACUUACUAAACCACCAGAUAACUCAUACAAAAAAAGGUAAAAAUUAGAAGAAACAAAGAAAACUUAGAAAAGCAAAGAACGGAGCAUGGCAGUCUUAAAUAUAGUUUAGGAUGGAGUAUUAGAAGUUACAUGGAGUAAUUUCUUAUUAAAUAAUGUAAUAAGUUUGUCAUUGAACAGACAUCAGCUGAGCGUCAUGAUGAUGGGAUGCAAGUAGAUCAGUGGUGGGAUGAGCAUCACGGCAACUGGAACUGGUUCUGUCAGUCUCAAUGUCCUCUGGGAACUAGAAACGUAGAGGUCGCUCCCAUGUAAUGUUAAAGUCUUACAAGAAAAAGGGAUGUGUGUGUGUGUGUUCGGUUCUGGACAAGCUAACUACUUUAUUACUGUAUUACAAGAAGAGGAUAGGACCUAGAAUUGAUCCCUGUGGUACACCAUAUUUAACCUGAGAGUAACAUGAUUUUUCCUUAUUUUUGUAAUUAAAGUAAUAGACUUACCAUCAUUUAUCAAGAUGUCUACUUCAUCAUUUAUCACAAUACUACCAUAAUAUUUGUUUUCCCACUAUGGAAGUCAAUGGUUACAGCAGCUGUGUGCCUCCCAUCAUUAAUCAAAAUUAUUGUGUUAACUGUUUCAUUUGAUAACUUGAAUAAGCUGUGAUCCCCCCAUGUUCAUUAAUGCUUGUUCUUCGGUAACUUUAUU